AUGAUGGCCCACGAAUUACCGUUAACCAUACCCGUACCUCAAUACGAUGGACCACCCAAACCCAAACCUAAUGGGAAAAAGCGUACCAAUAAGGAAAAGAUCUCUACAGUUCGGACCUUACCCACUGGAGAGCCUGUUGAUUUUGGUAAUAAUAAGAAGAGUUCCAAGAAACUGCUGAAUACAAAAUCAACGUCUCCAACAUUACCAGAUGGAUCAGCUCCAAACUUUUAUAAUGGUCAAUCUUCCAUUUCGAAUACCAACUCUGCUCCUACUGGCUCUCGUAAGAAGAAGCAACAGCAAGACUCUCAAAGUCAUCCUAACGGAUCAAACAAUAAUGAAUCGAAAAAAUCGGAACAAUCUUUGCCUAAUGGGUCGAAACCAAAUUUUAACCCAGGAGCUGAAAAACCUUCUAAAAAGACAGGAAAGCAAACAUCUUCAAAAGGAGAUAAGAAGAAUCCUGCAAAUGCUGUUGCAAUGGAGGAAACUUAUGCUGGUUCGUCGUUUCAUUCUUCUCCUGCUGCUUUGAAUUUGCCUAAACCAUCGUUCAAGACAUCUCCAAAGUCAAGAGUUGCUCAACAAACAGUGAUUACUUCUCCUCAACAACAACUUGCUUCUCCUCAGCAACAACAGACGUUCACCUCACCUUUGCAAAUGAGUGCUCCUCUUCAACAGUUCCCACACCCUAUGCAACAACAUCCAGCUGCUGGUCCUAUGUACCCUGUUGCUCCAUAUGGACAAGGAAAAUUGCCACCAGCAUUUCCAAGUCCAAACCAAAAUCCUAUGAUUUAUCGUGGAAAUCAAUUUGUUCAACCAGGUUUUUCAUACCAGCAUUCUCCUCAAGGUUAUAUAACCUAUCAGAAUGGAAUUCAAGGACAUCCAAAUAAUACAUCUGUUGGUGUACCAAUGCAUCAUGCUGGACCACCACCACAACAUAUGUCUCAUCCUCCACCACCUCCUCCUCCGGGAGCUUACAUGCCUUAUGUGCAACAACCAGUUCAACAAUAUCAUGUUCCUGCUGCACAACUGGGCCAGAAGAUUAGUUUUAACGACCUAUUGGGAUCUACUUCAAAGUAG